AUGAACCUCCUUUCUGAAUUUUGUGCUUCUUUCGGCCAAAUGAUUAAUCUUCAAAAAUCCUUUGUCAAGUUUAGUCUGAAUACUCCCCCUGACUAUCGGGAUUAUUUGGCUUUGAGUCUUCGUCUUCAAUCGAAGCCCUCUAUUGGAACCUAUUUGGGUCUUCCAAAUGAUCUAGGACAGAGUAAAGUUUCGGAUUUCAAGAUUCUGAUUGACAAAGUUGCAAGCCGAUUGUUUGCGUUUGCCUCUCUACGGUUGUCUGCAGCGGCAAAACUGGUUAUUAUUAACUCUGUGUUGGUGGUUUCUUUUAAUCAUAUCUUGUCUGUUUUAAAGAUUCCUUCAUUUAUUUCUUCUUAUCUUGAUAGUAUGCUUGCUAGUUUUUGGUGGAGAUCUUCGGGUUUCAGGAAAGGAAUGGCUCUGCGAUCGGCUUCUCUCCUUCACUUACCAAAGAGGCUAGGUGGACUUGGUCUACGUAGUAUUGGAUGUUUUAAUUCGGCUCUCCUAGCCGGUACUGGUUGGAGGAUGAUGCUUAAUCCUCAGUUGCUUGUUUAUAGGCUCAUGGUUUCUAAGUACCCCUUUCAUUUUGCUUUGCCUGCGACUCGGAUAACCCGACCUUCAUGGGGAUGUCGUGGUUUGCAGUUAGCCAUGUCGGUUGUGGCUAAAGGAGUCCGUUGGAAGACGGGUUGUGGUUCGAGUGUUCGUAUUACAACUGAUGAAUGGGCUCCAGGGGUUUUAGUUUCUUUUAAGGAUGGUUUAUCUGAGUCGGAGCUCCCGACUCAUGUGUCUUCUAUUAUUGAUCCGCGUUCAAACGUGUGGGACUCCUCGAGGGUCCAUCGGCUUUUUGAUGGUUUGAUUGGACUUCCUAUUCUCCCUAAAUGGAAGAUCUUUGCCUGGAAAGUUGUUCAUUCCACUCUUCCAGUUGCUUCGGCUCUGUCUGUUAGAGGGCUUUCAGUUGAUCCUGUAUGUUGUUUUUGUCGCCAUGAGCCGGAGACGGUUGCUCAUUUAUUUCGGGACUGUGAUUUCGUUAGCCUUCUUUGGGGUGGUAGUUCUUUAGGUUUUCAUAGGCCCAGUCUGCAUCGCCUUCCGUUCCUUCAUUGGUUUUCUACUAUGGUUUCUCUGUUUGGUGCUACUAAGGACUGGGUAGGCCUUAUCAACUUCUUCUCUAUUUUGUGGUCGAUUUGGCUUUCUCGUAAUAAUGUCCGAUUUCGACAACUAGAUGUUUCUCCUACUGAGGUGUUGAGUCUUGCGUCCCAGUGGUGUGCUCGGGGUCAGCAAGCUCAGAAUUUUUGCCUUAAGUCCUCUAGUUUGCCUCUUCGUCCUAGGCCGUCUGUCACGGCCUUUUCUACUUGCUGCUAUGGGGAUCCUCUUUCGGGUUUGGAUAUUUGUUUGCUCUGUGAUGGUUCUUGGUCUUCCGACAACUCCACGGGUGCUGGUUGGAUUUUUCGUGAUUGUGUUUCCCCUUUGGUGCUUAAUGGGGGUGCUCGCGCUUCUCUCUCGUCAUCCGCUUUACAUUCAGAACUCCAAGCCUACUUUUGGGGUUUGCAUAGUGCCUAUAGCAGGGGUUAUCGUAGGAUCCUUAUUUACUUGGACUAUGAGACUCUGUGCUUGAUUCUAGGCCGCCGUCAACGGAGUGAUGUUUCUUUAUGUUGGUUAAUUCAAGAUAUUCAGGCUCUUCUUUCCUUGUUUGAAGCUUACAGGAUCUAA